AUGCUGCAGCUGUCCGUCGCGCUGCUGCGCCUGGCGGUGGCGUCCUCCAUGGCGAGCUACCUCGUGCGCGACGAGUACUGCGGCACGCCGCUCACGGAAGGCGUCGACCUCAUGGGCGCGCCGACGGUGGCGAGCGCCGGCGCGGACCUCGCGGUCGACGCGGCGGGCGCCGUGGCGCUGACGUCGGAGAAGUUCGCGCGCUACGUCGAAUACGUGCUCGAGAGCGCCGGCGGCUUCGCGCGCUGCGACGGCGCCGUCGGCUGCGGCGGGACGCGCUGCGCGGUGCGGCGCUUCCGAGGCUCCCCGGCGGCCGGCGCGACGCUGGCGGCGGCCGGCGCCGUGCGCUACGCGUGGUCGACGUCCUACGGUGCUGUUGCGGUUGGUGUGGGAGGCGCGGCGGAGGCGUGCGACGCCGCGCCCGUGGCCGCGCUCGAGUGGACGCUCCGCGUCGGCUGCGACUUCAGCGGCUUCUUCGUCGAGCUCCUCGGCGUCGCCGCGGCGCUGGACGAGCUCCUCGGCGACCGGUUCUCCGUCGCGGGCGUGCGCUGCGACGGCGCCGCCGCGGCAAAGCUCCUGCCGGGGGAGGCGGCGGCGCUCGCGGCGGCGACGGGCCGCGCGGCCGCGCCGGGCGCCGCGCGCGUCGUCCACGGCCUCUGCGAGGCCGGCGACGCGGCGCCGGCCGUCGCGCGGCUCAUGGUCGAGCGCGCCUACGCGCCGGGCCGCGACGACGAGAUCUACGCCUGCGCGCGCCGCGCGGCCGCCGUCUGGGCGCCGACGGCUUGGGCGGCCGAGCAGUUCCGCGCCGCGGGCGUCGCAAACGUCGCCGUCGUGCCCGAGGCCGUCGAUGCGGAGGCCAUGUCGCCCGACGCGGCGCGCGCCGACGCCGCCGCGGCCGCGGCCGUGGCCGCGCGCCUCGGGCCGCGCCCCGCGUUCCGCGUCCUUUCCGUCUUCAAGCUCGAACGCCGCAAGGGCUGGGACGUGCUCCUCGACGGAUGGUGGGACGCCUUCGACGGGACCGACGACGUCGAGCUGGUGGUCCACGCCUACAAGCCGUCGUGGAUCCCCGGCGACGGCGUCGACGAAGCCGUCGCGAAGCGCCGCGCGCGACACGCGUGCUCCGGAAGCGCCGGCGGCUGCGCGCGCGUCGCGUGGCUCGGCGAGGUGUCGCUCGACCGGCGCGAGAUGCGCGCGCUCUACGCCGCCGCCGACGCCUUCUGCCUGCCGACGCGCGGCGAGGGCUGGGGGCUGCCGGUCCACGAAGCGAUGGCGAUGGCGCUGCCCGUCGUCGCGACGAAUUUCUCCGGCGUCGCCGCGCUCGCGGCGGCGGCCGACGCGUGGCUGCUGCCGCCGGGGGAGCUGCGCGGGGGCUUCGCGCAGCCGACGGCGCGCGACGUCGCGCGGGCGCUCCGCGACGUCGCCGGCGACCGCGCGGCCGCCGCGGACGCCUAUUGGGAAUCGGCGCGCAUCCUCGAGGGCGCGCGUCUCGCCGGGAGCUACAAGCGCUACUUCCUCGCGCCGCACCACGGCAUGCUCGCGCUCCGCGCCCUCGUCCUGCGCGGUCGCGCCGAGGCCUCCCCGUCGACUCCGCUCGUCGCGCGCCUCUUUGCCGGGACGACGACCGAAGUGGCACCGGACGGCGCGGCCGCGCCGUCGCUCCUGCCCGACCCGCUCUUCUUCCUCGUCCUCGAGUUCUGGCUCGGGGCGUACUAGGAAGCCCUCUCAUGAAUGCACACAUCUCCCAUCCUCGAGUUCUGGCCCGGGGAUACACUAGCACACGACGCUCGAGGAUGUGUAAUUUGUAGUCGUGCGG